CUCAUGACCCACCCGGAUGAUUACAUCGCCUUUAUCAUGUCCCGCCUCUUCUCCGGCUUCUUCGGCGCCGUCCCCACCGUCCUGGGGCCGCGGAUCAUCACGGAUCUGCUGUUCCUGCAUCAGCGAGGCCGCGCCUUCACAGCCCUACACAUGGCCUUUCUCUUUGGCACUAUUGCCGGACCCACCUUUUCGGCUUUUAUUUCCGCCAAUGCCUUUUUUCCUGUCGAGUUCUGGUGGUCCGUGGGAUUGUUGGGGGCUACUGCUAUUCUGAUCUUCCUCUGUCUGGAGGAAACGGGAUACGAUCGUGAAAAUCCUCAGCGGAACCCGACUUACCCCACCAACUGGCUGGCGAACCGCUGGGCGACUUUCUUUUUCGGCCACCGCGUGGUCCAGCCCACCACCUGGUCUGCCACUAUGAAAAUCGCCGUGGCACCCAUCCUGAUCGGCAUCUGCCCCGUCACCAUCAUCAUGGGCACCUUCACCCUCAUCUCCUUUGGUUUCUACGUCGGCAUGAACGCCCUUGUCCCAGUCUGGCUGCAACGAUCGCCAGCCAAGGGCGGCUACGGCUUCUCCCUCAAGCAAAACGCGGCUUUCACCUUUUGCCACUGGAUCGGGAUUAUCAUCGUCCAGAUCUUCGGCCACUACUACAACGACCGGUUGCCUUUAGCACUAGCCCGCCGGUUCAACCACGGUGCCUGGAAACCCGAGUAUCGGCUGCACGUGCUCUGGAUCCCCAGUCUCGUUCUCAACCCUAUCGGACUGGGCAUUUUCGGGGCUACCCUGCAGUACCAUCUUCAUUACAUGGUAUUGGCCCUGGCGGUGUUUAUUGUCACGAUUGGAUCGUUGGCCAGCGUCCCCGUCACGGUAAAUUACGUGGUCGAGUGUUUCACCCGGUAUCCGGCAGAAGCGGGCAUCGUCAUUGGCGCGUAUCGUAUCGUGUAUGGUCUGACGAUUAGUUUCUAUAUUAAUCCGUGGGUCGAGGCCGUGGAGGUCGGCUGGGUGUAUGGCAUGAUGGCGUUCUUUGCGAUCUUUUCCUUUUUGUUUGUCAUGUUGUUGAUGUGGAAGGGGCAUGCUAUUCGCGAGUGGCAGCUGGCUAGUGUGGCGAGUAGUGAGGAGGGAAUGCAGGUCGAGGAUGGUAGUAGUGAGAAGGAGACGGCUGUUCAUCAUGGAGGGCGGGGAGUUUGAUGACUUUUCAUAGAUGGGAUGUUUGGUGCCGAGAU